AUGACCAACAAGAAGUUUUCGCUGAAAGGUACGUGUUUUGCCACUCUGUUGGCCUUUCUCUCAUUUAGAUUAAGGGGAAAUUUUAAACUGAAUAAAUUUAAAAUCACUCGUAAUAGGCAUGCAUAAGCACACUGUAAGUCAUUUUGCAGCCUCUGUAACAACGCAGGGAGGGAACCUUCUUAGAACUUUUGCACAAACUCUUCUAAAGGUACUGCACAAUGUCACACUGUGCACUAGAGAAUAUUCUGGUGGAUCAUGAUCAAUUUAGACCCUCACACUAUACUUGGUGCAUUUUCCACAAAGGAGAGCAUUGAUUCUUCUCAAUUCUUAUAGCUGAACAACAUAUUAAACCAUAAUUUGCUACAAUUAUGCUCUUCCUUGAAAUAUAAUGGGACAUAAUGUAGCAUCAUGCCUUCACCUUGCUGCAACCCAAGACUCGUUUGGUAACAGCAGCAAUCUAACGUAAUGAACCGUGAACUUCUAUGCAUUCCAAAGUUAAGUCCCACUGAGUUUAGUUUGAUUUACUCUUGUGUAAGUAUGCAAAGGAAUGAUCUGAGAGUAUUAAAACUGCAUAUGGUGUGGCUUUUCAUUCGGCUCAGCAAUGUCUCUCACCUUCUUUUUUUUACUCAAAAAAGAUUUCUAGUGAACUCAAAAAGUUUGUUCACAACUUGAUGGUGUUUUCAUUGGUAUUGAUAAAAGCAUAGCACUACUGUUGCUGUUUGGAUCAUAACUGUGCAGUUGAUCAUGACCAAUCAGUCCCAGUAGAAGUCUUCCAGAUUGAGGUCUAAGACUGGCUUUACACAAAUAGCCAGAACACAAGACGUUGAAAAUUGUGUGUCUGUACUAAUAUCAGCAGAUAAACAUAACUGAGGUUCAGAGCAGAGGAAGCUAUUUUAUAGCAGGUCAGCCUAUCUGUCAACACAGACCAGUAUUGUCUUGUUUACUCUGACUAGUUAUGGGUUUCUAGAGUCACAUUAAAGGAAAAGGGACCCCUGACCAUUAGGUCCAGUUGUGACCGACUCUGGGGUUGCGGCGCUCAUCUCACUUUAUUGGCCGAGGGAGCCAGCGUACAGCUUCCGAGUCAUGUGGCCAGCAUGACUAAGCCGCUUCUGGUGAACCACAGCAGCACACGGAAAUGCCGUUUACCUUCCCGCCGGAGCGGUACCUAUUUAUCUACUUGCUUUUGAACUGCUAGGUUGGCGGGAACAGGGACCAAACAACGGGCGCUCACCACGUUGCGGGGAAUUGAACCGCCGACCUUCUGAUCGGCAAGUCCUAAAUACCUUAACUUUCUACUGGCAAUGCCAGGGGUUGAACCAUGGGACCUUCUGCAUGCAAGGCAUAUGCUGUAUACCUGAGCUAUGACUUCUCCUAAGAAUGGACCCAUAUCAUAGUACAUUUAUUAUAGACUUGUGCCUUAAAGCAUAGUUUAGGCAAAUAUAAAAUCAAAACAUUUGCGUUUCACUGAUCAGUUUCUUUGCUGCACGCUUCUUGCAUAGCAAAGGUAUGGGGACCAUUUUUAAGCAACAUACAGAUUUACAUGAUAUUAAAGAUUUGGAAGGGGGGGCGGGUCUUAAAGUAUAAGCAGUGUUUGCAGAACUACCUUCCCAAGGCAUCCAGGAGUCUUUUGAAUGCAUUCCAGUGUGCUAAAGUUUUUUUUUUGUAGUCCCGUUACAUAUGCAGAAGAGUUUAAACGGCACAGCUGCUGAAAAUUUGCAGACAUAAUCCCAGGACAAUCAAAAUCUUGGGAGUGACCCCGCCACCCUCCUUCAAAUUUAAUUUAAAUACCAUAUGUUUGUAGGGAAGGAAGCAACCCUUGGGAAAAGCCAGAAAGAAAGGGGCGCAACCUAUCUUUCCACACUCUUACAUUUAUGCAAACACAAUUACAUAUCUAUAAAAAGUUGGUUUCCUCACAUAUGGUGGUUUAAUGAAGUUAAGCAUUAAAGGAGGAGGCAGAAUAAUGUGGAAAGUUUCCCAUUCACUUUCUGGACUUGAUGGACAUCUGAUGUUGUUGUUCUUGUUUACCUGAACAGGUGUGUUGCUUGCCAUCCUGGCGAUUACUAACGUGUACCUGUCAAGGAAGGGUGUAACAUCAUCACCUAUUUGUCCCAAUGGGUCUGACACUUGCCAGGUCUCUCUUGGGGAUCUUUUUGACCGUGCUGUCAAACUCUCACACUAUAUCCACUCCCUGUCUUCAGAAAUGUUCAAUGAAUUUGUAAGUACCCAAGCCUUUCUUGCCAUAUACUUUUCUACAAAAUGAACUCCAACUAAAAGAUGACAUGAAGAAAUGGGGGAGGGGGGACUCUCUAGCAAAGGGGAAUUGGUGGCUGACUUUCUGUUUGCUUCUGCCUCCCUUUCAGAAUAGGAAAUUGCACAAAUAUGGUGCUAAGUACUGUUAUGAUUAUUAGGCGGUGUUUGACUAAGAGAUGCUCAGAGAAAUCAAUGGGCUUUGUAUGCUAUUUUUAGACAACCUUUCAUCCUGUAGGACCCCAGAGUGAUGUGCAAGUAAGAAUAUAAAAGCAAACAAUAACAUUAAAAACCACAACAUCCAGCCAUUCAGCAGUAGAUAUGAAAAUGGACAUCAAGGCUUAUGCCACCCUCAGUAUACCAGAGUGAAGAACAUCACUGCCUACAGUCACAGGAAGAGAGUUAUAACUACCUUAAGUCCACCAAUGCCAAUGGGUCUUCUCUGAGAAUGACUUGGUUGGGUACCACCCAUUAUUUGGAAAGGCCAGUUGGAUAAAUCUACCUUGAAUGUAAACUGUGGUACCUUGGUUCUCAAAUUUAAUCCGUUUUGGGAGUCCAUUUGACUCCCAAAACCGUUCGAAAACCAAGGCACAGCUUUCAAUUGGCUGCAGGAGCUUCCUGCACCCAGGAAGCAGAAGCCACGUCGGACAUUCGGCUUCCGAAAAAUGUUCGCAAACUGGAACACUUACUUCCGGGUUUGUGGCAUUCAAGCCAAGGUACGUGUACGUGUGUGUGUGUGUGUGUGUGUGUGUGUGUGUGUAAAACAUUUCUUGACCACCCUUCAUCUGAGGAUCACGGGGCAGUUUACAAUAUAAGACCAUACACAUAUGGAAGCCAAGUAUGAUUGAAAUAGAAAUAAAGACUCACAGGUUCUUUUGUGUAUCAUCAUCAAAGCUGUAUAAACUGUCCCAACUAUAUUAAGUCUUAAUUAAUAAUAUUUAAUUUUUCUAAAGCAGUAUUAAGGAUUGAGGAGAAAGCUAUGCACACUUGAAAUGAAUUUCAGCAAGACACUGUAUUUAAGGCUUCAAUUGCAGAUGAGGAAAUGCAGGAAUAAAGAUUCAGGAUUUUACUUCAACAUAUACCUCAGCAAGCAACGCUCCUACACACCUUAAGACGCCUUAGGUUUAAGAAGUGGGAGUGAGGCAGGUUAGGAGGUCUUCUUCAAUAGGUCCAGCGUACCAAAGGAAAGAGACGCUCUUAGGAGGCACAACAGCAGCAACACAUGGGCGUGAUUGAAUAAAACACUGCCAUUUAUACACAGAAACCAUUUAGAGGAGCAAAACAAAGUAACAAAGGGUUUUUUGAGUGGAAUGCUUUGUAGGAGAGAAGCAAUUAAAAGACCCAGGCACUAGAGUAGUGCUUUGGAGUGUGGCAGAGAGGUAUUGAGAGAGAAAUGUUCAUCCCACACAACUCAGUGGGAUCACAGUCUACGGAUCACUUUACGAAACAGAGACCCUCUUAUUUAUAAGCAGAUUACGGAGAAACCUGAUCCCCAAAAGUGAUUCUUUCCACAGUACAGUUUAAAGCAAAUUACAUUUGACACAGUCUUAGAGGGGCGUGUAAUAAGGUUCUGAUACGAAAUUAAAGUCCUGCAUAACUGAAGGAUACAUUUCACACGAGCAGCAACUGCAAAGAAGAAGUAACUUCUGAUUAUUAUUUCUUCUUACUACUACUUAUUCUUCUUUCCUUGUUAUCUACUGUACUAAGUCUGAUUUUUCUUAUCUUCAGGAUGAACGCUAUGCUCAGGGCCGAGGGUUUAUUGCAAAAGCCAUUAACAGCUGCCACACUUCGUCCCUAACCACUCCUGAAGACAAGGAACAAGCUCAGCAGAUUCAUGUGAGUUCUGCCUAUUUGAAUGCAAACAGAACAAGAAACAAGCACAUGAGUAGCUUAGAUUAGAAGGUCUCAAUGACUCAGUCCAAAGGCAAACAGAAGGAAAGGAGGACACAUUAAAUGGCCAUAGGAAGUCUUGCAAGGCAUUAAUCUACAAGGCAUUAAUCCUUGGCUGAAUCCAGGGCCAUGAUUAUUUUAAUUUAGUCCCCACUGUAAUCAGUGGGACAAGUUAGGAAUACCUUGGGUGGGUGGAGCCAGAGGCAAAAAGCAGGUUUGAUUUUGAUUUUAUUUUGAUUUAUUGAAUUGCUGUGCCGCUUUUCAUUCAAAUGAAUCUCAAAGCUGCUUACAAACAAUAAAUAACAAUAACAUAACAGAGCAUCCCAAACGCAGCAUAAAUAAUAUAAUUAACAAAUCAUCUAUGAAAUAUUUACAAUUAUUUAACAAAACGGCAACUAAAAAAAUAAGCUAAACGACACAAUCACAACAAAAGUCAUAUUAUAUUAACAAAUCAAUACAACAUUUAGAAUCCAUAAAACAAUAUUAACAAAAUAGCAACUAAAAACAACAACAAGCUAAGCACUGUUAAAUUAAUAGACACACACGCCACACCCCCAACACUCUAUUCAGUUCACAAUAGAAGACACAUCAUGCCUGCUGUUAAGCCAGCUUUGCCGGAUGCUGUGCUGGCUGGGGUCCUCAGGUAGUGAGCCAUCGUGGAGACGGUGGGCGUACUGCAAGGUGGAUGUUACCUCCGGGUAGCCUGCUCUGGCUCUGUUGCCCAUGUCGCUCUCGGUAAUCGGAAGAUCCAUUCAUAGUCAAGAAAGUCUGGGGUGAGCCUGUCCCUCUGAAGUGGCGAGGUGGGGCAACAGAUGUGAUGCCUACCUCUCUACAGUCAGCUAUAUUCUAGCCAUGCAAACGUCAUGUCUCAAUCUUCCAUCCUGACAGUAAGCAAGAGGCAUUAUCACAGUGCAAGGUGACAUUCUUGCUAGGCAAAAGAACUUGAGGACAUGAAAAAGUGAUGGUGAGUGUUGUGGCCUGGGGUAGAUGUGUGGCCUGUGGAAAGUCCCAAAGCCUGUUCUUCAGGCCUGAUAUCUAUUCUGUUCCAAGGAAAGAGGUGUGACUUUCUGGUAAAGGAAGGCAGGAGUACAACUGACAAAGGCAAAGAGAGAGGAAGAGUAGUGGAUAUCAACUGUCAAAAGUAUAUAGUGUGUCAUAUAAUUUCCCCCAGUAUGUUAGCUUAUAAAAUUUAAUAAGCAUCUUAUUAAAAUAAUAAUUAUUUUUUAAAGUAAGUUUCUAGUCCAUACACUUGUCAAGGUAAUUAGAAUUCGUGGGAAAAAUUAUAUUUGUAAAUGCUGAAGUAGCAUAUAGCACCAAAGCUGCAUCGAUUCCCAGGCAAUAGUUUUCUUUCUAAGUUCCCUUUAUCCACGGAAUAAUCUGCCUCCUCAGAAACCAAGCCAUGAGACACAGCCCUCUUGCUAUUUGUAUUGGCUUAGAGAGAUGAUGUGUGAGCAUUUGAACUUCGCAGUGUUGCAGUUCUCCCGACCUAUGGAGCGCGAAAGGGUUCAGCCGCAGGGUACGUGUAUUUUGCCACAGUAAGCAAAGUGAAAAGUGUUGGUGUCGACAUUAGAGAGGUCUCAAGGGCAGCAAAAUGUCUAGGAGGAUCCCAGGAAAGAAAAGGCCCCUUUGAUCUUCCGGCUCACCCCAAGCAGUGGCAAAGUUUCAAAAGAAAUCUCCCCAGAAGCAAAACACUUCAAAGGGGAAUGAGACCCAUGCCUGGGCAUGUUUGCCAUGCUAUACGUAGACAUAGAAAUGCUUUGGAUAAGGUAUUAAGUGGCCUACCACAGAUUUCAUCUUCCAUUAUGUUUUCAAAUAUUUUCCAGAUCCCGUAUUUCUAAAACUGUCUCAUUAAUGCUUAAACUAAUCAUCAGAUUAAAGGGCAUUCCAUUCAACAAGGCUGAACAGAGCAGUGUCUACCAGCGCUGGAGAGUGCAUGGCCAGUUUGUUGAUAAUGUGUACUUAGGGGAUUCUGUCACCCAGUUAGCCCAGAGAUAUUAUUUCCAUUUAUUUAUUUUAAAAAAUAUUUCUCUACCACUCUCUCAUAGAAUAUCAGGGAGGUGCACAGUGCGUAUAUAAAUACAUGCAAAAGCCAUGAAAAACGGAGUAAUCGUUAAAGUAACUGGCUAGUCAAAGGGAUUUAAACAGCUGCAUAGGUCUGUCAGCAUUUUAAAAGUCACCAGGAAAUGUUUGGAAGUCAAAAGCAAGAAUGCCUACUGAAUCUCUCACAGCACAGGACCAGUCACACUAAAUGCCCCACUUCUGGAAAUACUUUACAAAGUCUGAUUGAUUGGUUCUAGCGCUGUCUGGAAGAAUGGCAAACAGACAACAACAACAACUGUUGCUGUUGUUGUUUUCUAUCCUGCCCUUCCUCUUGGAGGAGCCAAGGAUGACAAACACCAAAACAAUAAAACUUUUAGUUAAAAAUUAAAAACCAUUAUUUAAAACCAUUUAAAACCACUAAAAUAUGUAAAACAGUCACAUACACUCACAGCUUAUAAUUUCAGGGUUGCCAGGAGACUUUCCACCAAAAAAUGCCUAUGUAAAUAGGAACAGACACAUCUCACCAGGAAAGGCAUUCUACAAAUGGGGAACCAACACUGAGAAGGCCCUAUCACAGGUCAACAUCAACCAAGCAGUAGCCUAUAGAGUGUAAUCACUAAUCCAGCCUCCCCUGUUGAUCAUUGGCGCCAAGGUGGUUGGUAUCGAGGGAGAUGCUCUUUUAUGUACUUCCAAGCUGUUCAGGACUUUGUACACCAGUAUGAACACCUUGAAUUGGGCCCAGUAGCUCACUGGCAGCUAGUGCAUGAUACAUGGUCCCAUUGGGCUGCCCCACUUACCAUCCUAGCAGCUGCAUUCUGCACUAGCUGUAACUCCAGACAGUCUUCAAGGGCAACCCCAACCAGGAUGCAUUACAGUAGUCCUGGCAGGAGUCCAGGACAACUGAGGUCAGGCUAGAAGACUGUCAACAAAUAAGUUUAAAAAAUGACUUGCUAGGAUUAUCUAUCUCCUGUGUAAAUCUUGUGGCAUUGUUUAACAAAAUAUAAUUUGGUUUUCUAAUGUGCAGCAUGAAGACCUGCUAAAUUUAGUGCUGAGUGUUCUCCGUUCCUGGAAUGACCCUCUGCUACAUCUGGUCUCAGAGGUCCAAAGAAUCAAAGAGGCUCCUGACACCAUUCUCUGGAAGGCCAUGGAGAUUGAAGAGCAAAACAAACGGCUUCUGGAUGGGAUGGAGAAAAUCGUUGGGAGGGUACGUAGAAAGGACCUGGGAAUUCUUCUAACUGCAUAGGACAGUAUUCUGCAGAAUCCAGCAUUCUAAAUUACUCAGUGAGCCUGGACAAGUGCUCCAAACACACACUCUCAGAUGGUCAACCUCCAAGAACUGGAAAAUGACAGAAAUGACAACAAGGGGGUGAUAAGUUACCAUAAGCCCUAGAUUGCAUAUGUCCAAAUGAGGGCAAGUUCUAUCAUUCAUUCUGCCUGUUAUGCAGGCUCUUUCUUCUUUUUAACACCCUUCUCUAUUUCCUUCCCUUGAACUAAUUACACAAUAUCAGGUGGAGCACUACAGCAAUCUUAUUCUUUCCUUUAAUAAUAGUGUGUUCUAAGAAAGGCUAUAACCCACUAUUCUAUAAUUAACAUGUCUCUUUGGAACACACUCUCUCCCCCCUUUGGGUUUUUAAAUCAGUGCUUUUAGGGCCUAUUGCUCAAUUUGAAAACAGGCAAUACAAGUUGAUCGCAACUUCUAGAUCGGUGGCCCACCAGAUGUUGUUGGAUCCACCUCCCAGCCAGCACGCCCAAUGCUCAAGGGUGGUGGAAACUGUAGUCCAAAAACAUCUGGAGGGCCACAGGUUCCCCACCCCAAUUUGGAUGGUUCCCUUCACAGGAAAGAAGGUAAUGUUUUCAUCUCUUCCCUACUCUAGAUAUUGGCUCCAAUCCAACACAGUUAAGACUAUUCAAGCCUAUAGAUUUCAGAAAAUUAGGAAAGCUGCAACCAUUUGAGUGCACAAAUGCUGCUAGCUCCCAAAGAAAAUUCGGUGUGCUUUCAAAACAAGGCAGCUAUCCUUUGGACAAAGGAAUUCUAAUUUGAGUGCUAUAUUUAAAGUUCUGUUCUCAUGCCUGAAUACUUCCAUAUCACCCAAGGGAGUCACUGUUUCAUCAUGAAAGCUAAUAGUACGGCAUUCUAUUUACAGAUACAUACAUAUAAAUCCUGGGAAAGCACUUUGCACAGCAGAGUUGCAAUGUAAAUGAGUAAUAAUCAUGGAGAUCAAUUCAAGUGGUUGAAGCAUGAGCUGUUUCUUUCUUCUUUUACUGUCUGGAGCAAAUAUGUUGAGAUGGGGUUUUCCCCCACAAUUCCAUUUGGCUUUCGUAAAGCCUAAGCAAGGAUCUUCUCUCAUCUCAAACAAAUACUGGGCAACUCUUUAAGUGUUAAUGUUGUAAUUCUCUAAAUAGUGAUCUGAAACAGACAUUGUCUCUGGGAUGCUUGCUAACGAUACACAUUUUUCUCUUCUUCAUUAGGUUCACCCAGGUGACCUGGGUAAUGAAGUCUAUUCUAGAUGGUCGGGGCUGCCAUCUCUGCAGCUGGCUGACGAAGAUUCUCGCCUCUUUGCCUUCUACAAUCUGCUGCACUGCUUGCGCAGGGACUCACACAAAAUUGACAGCUAUCUGAAACUCUUGAAGUGUCGCCUCAUCCAUGACAGUCACUGUUGA